GAGUCCUUGCAGUAAAUUGUCUAGUCGAUCGCAGCAAUAUCGCGAGCGGUACAUACACUCUAUACACGAAAAUUAAAGCGCAGACGCGACCUUUAUGGAUUUUCCCCUGGAUUGCAACUCAUAAGAGGAGGGGUUCUGAUAUGAACUUGCUCUGAGGAAGAAUCAUUUGGAUAAGGUGUAUCACAAGGGAAACGAAUCGGCGAGUGAAAAAAGAAAAAUUAUUUUUUAUUUGUCCAGGUCGCAAAUAAAUUCAUCUUCAUUUUAUUUCAAAAAAUUGCAAAAAAUAAAUUUGCAAAGAAAAAAAAAUUUUCUUGGUUACAACCCUUGGCUGUAUUGUCCUGGAGACUAAAUAGGGACACAAUAAACAUGAGUCCUUAUAGUGUAUGUAAUCGGAUUUUGUCGCGUGACUUGGUGCGUGUGGUGUGAAAACGUGCGGCAGUCAUUGGGCGUUGGGCCAUCGAUAGUCUGCUUAAUACAUGGCGCUACUACUACAUCUGUCAAUUUAAAAGUCUCGCGGCAAUAUUGCAUAUAUAAUAAAUCGAAUGUAGCGAAGGAUGAUGAUAGAUACACAAGGCUAAAAAAAGCUUUGCCAAGUUGCAAGGCGGUAUGGGUCUGCCACGAUUCUCAUUAAAAAGAUGUUUUCUAUACGUUUUUUGCUUGACGGGAAUGUUUGUAGUGAUUAUGAAUGUGCGACAAAAGGAAAUAUGGCACAGUACACGUGCAGAUGCAGGACAACUGCAGGCAAUGCGAGUAGUAGAUGGUCCUCAAGUAAUGAAUACAACGGUUGUGCAGAAUGCAAUAGAGGCUAUUGUAGAUAUUACAGACCCAUCCAACAGACCCUGGUAUAUGAAAGGUGGAAAAAGAAGACCGCAACCUGCUUUAAAAAAUCGACAAAGUGGAAGAAGAUUGGCGCGUCUUUGGCCCGAUGAAGAUGCCAAAGAUGACAGAAUAACAAAUCAGCUAAUGUUUGUACCUCCGGAUUACAAUAGAACCUCUGAUCUACCGUACAAAAAGAUAUUGAUUCCUCAUGGUAUGAGUGACGCAAAAGUGGGACAUGAUAUUUUUACACAACAUGGUUGCCCUGUUAAUACAUGUACAAUAAUUCGUGAUAAUCAUGCUGAUGCUGAUUUGAUUUUAUUUAAGGACUAUGUUACCCAUGUGGGUCGAAGACGUCUUCAUCAGAUAUGGUUGUUGUACUUUUUGGAAUGUCCGUAUCAUACACAAACUAUUAAGAGUGUUCAAGUGAAUUGGACUGCAACUUAUCGUCGAGACAGUGACAUUGUAGCACCAUAUGAAAGGUGGCAGUACUUUGAUUCCAGUGUCACCCAGAUUGAUCAAAAUUUCAAUUAUGCUGAAAAUAAAACGAAAAAGGUUGCCUGGUUUGUGUCAAAUUGUCAUCCACGUAAUCAAAGAAUGAAUUAUGCCAAAGAAUUAUCCAAACACAUUCAAGUCGAUAUUUAUGGUGCUUGUGGUAACUUGCGUUGUCCACGUUCGCAAUCUCAAGCUUGCUUCGACAUGUUGGAUGCCGAUUACAAAUUCUACCUCGCAUUUGAAAACUCUAAUUGCCGAGAUUACAUUACGGAGAAGUUUUUCGUUAAUGGACUUGGACACAACGUUCUUCCAAUAGUGAUGGGAGCACAUCCAAGGGACUAUGCUAAAAGCGCACCAUAUCGAUCCUACAUUCAUGUGGAUGAAUUCAAGUCACCUAAAGAGCUUGCUGAGUACCUUCAUCGACUGGACAAUGACGACGAGCUCUACAACUCGUACUUCAAGUGGAAAGGCACUGGAGAAUUUAUAAAUACCUACUUUUGGUGUCGAGUGUGCGCCAUGUUGCACGACACUCGUGCACCAAAAUAUUACAAAGAUUUAAAUGAAUGGUGGCGCGGUGAUAAUGUAUGUGUCGUAAAUUCUUGGCGAGAGAACGACACAUCGGAAAAUGAUCUCAAACAUGGUUAAAAACUCAAAAUUAAUCAGUCAAUGGUAUUAACAAUUCAAUUAAUAUUUUGAAAACAUCCUGAAAAUUUUGCAAAGUUCAUUAAUUACAUGAAUACGAUAAAAUUUAUUAAUUUUUUCUUAUCACCUAAGGUUAAUAGUUCUAUAAUGAAAAACAAGAAAUAUUUGAAAUGUUUUUCACGAUCUUUGCUUUUAGAUUCUUGCUAAGUCAAUUUUAUAUACACCCAAUAACAUAUAUGCUUUCCUUCCGGUUUGGACAACUUUUUUUUUUAUUGGGUGUAAAAUAUUUAUAGCGAAAAAUAGAAUUAAAUUUUUUUUUGCUCUACACUUAGAUUGUUAAAUAAUUGAAUUUAAAAUAUGUGACGCUCCUCGGAGAUAAGUCCCUUUGUUUGUGGAGCGCCAAAUAACAGUAUUUUUAUUAAAUAUAAGUUUUUUAAAAUAAUAUUAAUGAAUUUAAAAAUAAUUUAUGAAGGAAACUUUGAAUGUAAGACGCUCCGGAGGAAGGUACCUAAAAAAAAUCCAGACUAUGAUUGUAAUUGUAAGAAUGAAAAAGGGGAUCUUUAAGUCAUUACAUCUAAAAACAGAAUUUAGUUUUGCGUAAUAAAAAAAUAUUAACUUAAAAGUAAGAUGAACGAAAUCUUAAAAUAAUUAACUUCUUAGGUACCCUUCCACGAAGGGUCUUCAUCAUAUUCAUAAAAUUUUAAAUGUCCACACAUUUUAAUUUUUUUUUUUAUACGUCAAAGAAAGAAAUUUUAUAUUUUAACCUUCAGAGGGCUAGGGUGGCUACUAUAGUGCCCACCAUUUAUUUUUACGAAUCUUUUUAUCGAAUUGACUUUUUUAUUUAUAACUUCUUUUUCAAUAAAAAAAACUAUUAUUUGUGCAAAUUUACCGGCCCUCUAAAGAUUAAAAAAAUGUCCCCCUAAAAAAUCCUCUAUUCAUGUAAUAUACGAACUUUGCAAAAAAUUUUCUACAAUUAUUUGAAACUUGAAUGAAAAAUCAUUUAUAAUAAAAAUCCUUGCGAACAUACUGUUAACUAGUUUGUAUAAUUGUAAGCACACGUAAGAAAAAAAAACUUCCACCAAAAUAAGAAAACAAAAAAAGAAAUGUAAAAGUUUUUUGGAAGUCACUUGUGCACAAGUGAAUAAAACUGAAAUUGAAAGCUCUCAUUUUAGUAGGUAGUUCAAUUUGCACAAGAGGUCUCUCACGAAUCUGCCAGUUUUUUACGUACUGAUUAAAAAUUUUUUAAAAAAAAUUGUGCUAAUAAGUAGUUUAAUGCUUAUAAUGACGUUUACAGGUGUAUUUUACUGAAUUUUGUAGUAUAAGUAAAUGUCGAAAGAGUUAUUUGUAUAAAUGAUGAGAAAAAAAAAGAAUAACACGAAAAGAGUACAAUUUUAUGUUGUGUACUAAAAAAAAAGAAUUUUUCAAGAUAUUUCUCUUUACAAAACAAAACAAAAAAUAAAAUAGGAUAUAGGGUUCGAUUUAUUUACCUCAUAUCUUUACAAGAUUUUUGUAAAAAAAAAGCCAUCCUUUUUAUCUAGAAAUUAAUAAAUAUGCUCUGUGAAUCUGAAUUUAAAAAAAACGAUUGUUAAGACACGACUGACAUUCGUAACGAAAUGUAUGACUAGUGUAUUAAUUAUUUUUUAAUUCACAUUUUGUUAUAGAUUUUCAAAAUAUUUAUUUAAUUUAUUGCAAUUAAUUUAUUAUUAUUGUUUCUCUUUUAGAAUUAUUUUUUUGUUACCAAUAAACAAUUAAUAUUUUUAUUUUCUUUUAAAUGUUACCAUUAAUUUUAAAAUCUUUAGUAGAUUAGUAGAUAAAAAUAAAUCGGUGACUGACUAUUAUUAAUUAAUCUUUUUUGAUUAAUUGAUAGAAUAGGGAGUAUUAAAUUAGUGUGCAAUGUUGAAUAUUUCGAGAGUAGCAGGGAAUCAUUUUUUCUUCUAUAUUUAUAUUUAAUUUUCAAAGAGAAUAAUUUAGGCCAAAUUGACUCGAUUUGUAAAUUGUUCAAUUUUUUUAAAAUGAUAAACACGCUCAAUUUUUUUAUUAUUUUUAAUUAAACAGAAAUCAUUUGGAAAUUAUUAUUUAAUUUUGUAAAUGUACAUAUAAUAGUUUAGCUUCGUCUUGUGAUAUUAAUUGAGUGAUAAUUUAUAUUUGUUAAAAAAAAUACCUUCGGUUUAAUGUAUAAUUCAACGAAAUGUAAAUUUUUUUUUGUUGCUUGGGAUAAUUUUUAUAAUUAAUUUUUUAAUAUUGUGUAAAAUAUUUUAAUGUUGUCACGAUAGAAUGUCAAAAAUGUAUGAUAGAGAAGACUGUAAAAUAAAUUUUUAGCAGUAUUGUAAACUAUUCUUGUAUAUUGUAAAACAAUUGACAAUUUCGAGUCGAGAAAAAAAUCUGUAUUUUAAAUUUAUUUUUCGCUGUAUUCAAUAAUGUUUUAAAAACGUUAGUAUUGGAAUCAAUUUUUAAUUCUAUAAUACAAUGAAAAAAAUUUGUUUAUUGUUCCCUGGUAUAGUGCUAAAAAUGCAAUAAACUUUUUUUUUGCAAUUAAUCGCAUAUUGUAAGAAGCUGGGAUGUACAAUAUUUCUAAGUUUACUAGAGAUGUGCCAAUGGAUUAAUGAUAAGUUUAGCUUUGUAUUGGUUUAUUGUUUCUAAAAGCUAAUCUAAAUCAUAAAUCCAAAAUGGUUCUCUGUGCAUGAAUGAAUAUUAAGCUAAUUUUUCAUAAUCGACUGAGAAAAAACUGUUAAUUUAAAAUUCAACGUAGGAAAUUAAUUACUGUGCACAUGAAAGUGUGAUUAUUAGUUUUAAUAAUGAGGGGUGCCAGUUUAAAUAUUGUUAUGCUUAGUUAAUGUCAAAUUUUCAUUCUGAAAUAUAAAAAAAAAUUCACUUUUUUUUCAUUCUUAUUUUUUACAUUUCAAUUAUUGUUUGUUUAAAUCUACGUAAUUUACAUUUUUUAAUUUCACUUCUGGUAAAUAAUUUACUUUUCUGUUGUGAAUUUCUGAAAAUGAAUGAAAAUUUUCAAACUUAUGUGAAAUUUGUUGAAUUUAUUGUAUGCAAGAAAAUAAAGGUU